AUGAAUCGAUUUAAUGAAGCUUUACAAGAACUGCAACCCGAAUUGGCACUCAAAAAAACGAAAUACGAUCCAGCAGCCUGGGAUAAGAACUUUAUUGAAUUGAAAGAACUGCGGGAAAACUGCCAAACGUAUCGCAUUUAUGCUUUGAGAACUCUUGGUCAAGCUGCUGUAACGGCUGCGGAACGACUACGAAGUGCUGAUGGCACACGAUCAGACGUCGGAACCCAAUACGAACAAAAUGACAACAUUGAUGUAGGCAUAGAGCAAGUAGUCAACGUCGAUGAAGAUACGGUGUAUGAUGAUUUGGACGACGUUCAGAAAUUGAUGAAAUUUUUUAUCUGUUAUGUAAAUGGAGAGCUUAUGAACGAUGCACAAGGGACUUUUCUUCGAAAAAUGAUGGAACAAAGAGUUUCAAUUCAGGAUCGGUUGCUGGCGUCAGCAGCAGAAAGUUUGCUGAAUGAAGAUGGAUGGACGAACCAAAUGGAAAUCAACAUAAAGUUGUGUUUGUCAAGUAUUGUAAGCCUUAUCUCUCCAGAAUCAAUCGCAUUUACCAAAACGAUCUUGACAUCCUCGCAAAUGACAUCCUUGAUCGAACUCUCUGUGUCUGAAACAUUCGGCUUCUCUGAUGAAUGCAUAAGAGUAUUUGAUGAAUUAAUAUCAGAAAGAACAAUCUUCGAACCAGACAGCAUCAUUGAGAACAUCUACAAGCUUCAAGCAAAGUAUUGCUGGCACAAGAAUUCGGAUUUAUAUAGAAUGCUUUGUAUCCUUCAGCAAGUUAUCUCACAAUUCGAUGACUGGAGUGAACAGACUGACGAAUCAGAAAACACGGUAUUCAGAAGAUUUGCUGUUUUGCUUGACAUUUUGUUCAGAUACACCAAGAUAAAAAUGAGGGAUGGUGAAUGCGUGGCUCAAACAACAAAAGAUGAAAUCAUUGUGUUACAAACCAUCGCUGGAUUUGUCUCCUCGUCGAAUGAAGCACCAUAUGGUAGUAAAGUUGAUCUUAUAGCCACAGCAUGUUUUGAUGGAAAAUUACAUGACCUUAGUAGCAACGAGUGGAAAAAAGAUAAAGCUUACAAUUCGAUUGUUCUCAAACAACAGGCAAAAAACAUUCGAACCAAUGCUACAAUCUUGUCAAGACUCCUGCGGAUGGGCUGCUCCGAAUCGAUUAUUGCCAUAGAUUGGAAAGGUGAACACCAGUAUCAUACAAGACGAUCGUGUCACGUCGGCAAUUCUGGUGACGCCCAACUAGCCCACUCAAUUUUGGUAUCCAAUGGUACAGAGUUACAGCAAGGGCAAGCCGUUGCAGCUGAGGAUUUCCCGGAAAUGGUCUUUGAUCGCAUGGCACUUAUCAAGCAGACGCACUCGCAAGCUGGAUUAACUGGGGAACUCUGUGCUUUCUUAGAAGGUCAGUUAAUCGCCCGUUAUUUGUUGGGUCUACAAAAACAAGGCAUUUCGCUUACACAUAUGAACACGACACGAUCGGCGUUGGCAUCGGUUUAUAAGGUCAUGGACCCGAUGAAGGGUGAUAUUGCGUCAGACCGUUUGAUGCAAUCAUUUUCCCAAGCUGCCAGACGAAAAGAAGUGCGACUGCCAAACUCCGCAGAUGAAAUCUGGGAUGUGGAUGUUUUGUUGAAGCUGGUGCAGUCGUGGGGACCCUCAAGCAAGUUGUCACUGGUAAAACUGCAACAUAAAACACUGGUUCUUUUGGCGAUAGCAUCCAUGUGGCGUAUACGAUCUGAUCUUGGACAAUUACAAUGGCGAGAUGUCACAGUUUUUCGUGAUCACGAUAAUAAGUUGAAGGGAUUGACAUUACUCAUCCAUGAACCUAAAGAAAGCCAGGCAAAGGUGUCCAAUAUUCGACCGCUCUCUGACCAAGAUGUUUGUCCAGUGUAUACCACUGCUUUAUUCAUUGAGCGCACGACAGUACUCGCGAAGCCAUUGCCACCGGAUCAUCAUUAG